CCCUUAUAGUCGUGGUCUUUACCCCCUCAUGAAUAUGUAAAUUGUUAGAAACCAACCUUUCAGGUGUUGAUCCGGUGCAGACUCGCCAUGAGGGUCAUACUUUUGCACCCCGAAGAUGACUUCGAUCGAACGGCCAUGGCCAUGGCAUUAGUUGGAGCUGCAGGGGUUCUCCUAGUCUGCAACCUCUUAUCACAGUACAACAACUCCCCUCUCAAACAUAUUCCAGGGCCUUGGCACACGCGAUGCUCAAGAUUGAGGUUGAAGCUUAGCCGGUUGACUGGAACCCGCAUGACAUACGUACACCAGCUCCACGAAAGGUACGGAAGCAUUGUCAGAAUCGCACCAAAUGAAGUAUCAUGCAUCGAUAUCCAAUCAGUUUCCCAAGUCUACAAAGUUGGCGGCGGUUUCGAAAAGGCGCAAUGGAUUGGCGACUACGCAAAGAAGCUACCAGCAUUAUCUCUGUCCAUGAUUUUGAACAGCGAAGAGGCGAAGCAGCGGCGAAGACUUUUGCAAGGCUCCUUCACUCUUGCAUCCCUGCGGAAAAAUUGGGAAUCGACUAUCAGGAGCAAAGUUGAGAUUGCAGUCAUGAAAAUCAAAACAGAGGCUUUGGCGGGCUCAUCAAACUCUCACAAGUGGUGGACCUAUAUGGCCGCUGAUAUCAUCAGCCAGCUCUCGUUUGGGCAGUCAUUGGGGGUGUUGGAAUCUGGAAAGAGUACGAUGUACAUGCGAGCUAUUGAAAAUGCUCUGAUAGCGGACGUUAUCCAGUGCGAGAUCCCGUUCCUCGCCUCUGUAUCUCAACUCAUACCUCGGGCACUACUUCAGACAUUCUCCCGGCAGCUUGAGCAAGUCAGGCUUGGUGGCGCAGAUGGAGUAGCGAGUGUGAAACAGCGAGGACCAUCAUCAACUCAAAGUAUCUUCACGGAGAUGAUUGCAGAAUGUGACAACGAAGGCCGGUCUUGGUUAACAAAGGAGGCCGUCAGCAUGGAGGGUGCAGGUAUGAUGGUUGCAGGAACAGACACAACCGCUGCCGUUUUAACGUACCUCAUCUGGUCAGUGUUGAAACAGCCAGUCUUGCAACAACAGCUCGAGGAUGAGAUUGCCCUACUUGGCGAUGACUUUGACGAUAAAUGGCUUGAGACGUGCCCCAUCUUGAGUGCUGUCAUAGAAGAGACCUUGCGCUUAUAUCCCGCCGUCCUCUCAUCUCUACCUCGGCUUGUCCCGGAAGGGGGUACUAAGCUGUCAUCGCACUUUGUGCCCGCAGGUACUGUUGUUUGCAGCCCGGCCUACAGUUUGCAGCGCGACCCGAAAGUAUUUCCGGACCCUCAUCAAUUUGAUGUUGAUAGGUACCUACACACGACCAAAGUCUCCCUCCAACAAAGGCAGUCAUACCUCCCAUUGGGAACUGGAGCUAGAGUUUGCAUUGGUCAAUAUCUGGCAAUGAUGGAGCUCCGGCUUGCCACUGCCGUAUUCUUUAAAAGUUGUCGCGGGGCAAAACUAGACCCAAACAUGCCAGCCGACAGCAUGGAAAUGAAGGAUUACGUCCUUCUAUCGCCAAAGAAGAAGCGAUGCAAUAUCACGUUGAUCUAGAAUGGCAAGCCCAACAGACGUCGGCUACUAUGGAUGUUUCUUGAAGAAAGUCUCUCAACAUGAAUUUAAUGUAAGCUGAGAAAGUUUUAGCUUUUUGACAACGGAAUUAUGCAAAUACGGAAUGCCAAUUAGAUAUCUGCACUGCCCAUAUUUAUAGGAGAGGGCACCUACUCAAUAUUGAAGCCUUUUGAGAGAUUGCCUGUUAACCGACCAUUCGUUCUUGCCAAGAAUAAACGCUUUCUACCCUACAAGUAGAUGUUCAUGGGUGAGAUUGUGACCACAUCCAAAGCCAACUCAUUCUAGAUCCGCCAAGGUCAUAGGAUAAAGUCUGCCA